AUGGAAAGAAUAAAAGCAGUUACAGUCAGCUUGGAAAAAAUGAGAGAAGAAAAAAAUUACUUUACUGAUAGUGAAAGUGAUGGAGAACUGACUUCAGAUAGGACCUUGCGGAAGAGGACCAAGCAUAAAAAGCAUGGACCCAAGGGACGUAUGUCUAUCACAGAAAACCCUGGUGAAGAAAACACUGUUCAUGAAACUAAACAGCAGAAAUUAAAGACGCAGGAGCUAGACCAAGGGGACCGGGGAAGAACACAGGUGAAAACAAGACUUCCUGAUGGUACGGAAAACGAAACGUGUGAAAUUUGUAACAAGAGGUAUAAACACAGACAGUCAUUAGAACGACACAAAAAAGAACGUCACAAAAAUCAGACCAUGGAACUCAGUGCUGAUGAAAGCGGAGAUGAUUCAGACACGGAAAAAAUCCAAUGUGCUUUUUGUCCACGGAAAUACAGGCUUGUCAAGUCAUACAGAGAGCACAUCAGAAAGAAACAUCGGGAGAAACUGGUCGAAGAAGAUACUGUGGAAAGUACAAGAAAAAACCUUCAAUUAACAGAGACUAAGGAUGGGGAGGUGAGAUCGGAAUUUUGGUGCUCUAUUUGCCUACAAAAAUUUAAGAGUCUUUCAUCAUACAACCUUCACUGCGAAAAAUAUCACCAGAAAAGUGAAAGAGAUAGUGAAAAUGACGAGGACGAAAACAAAACCAGUAAUGAGAAAUCACGUAUUUCCUCACAGAAAAGGAAACCUAGUAAAGAAGUAUAUAUAUGUGCUAAACCUGGAGUGGGAACUGCUAAUAGUGAACCACCAAUAUGUCCAAUAUGCUCAUGCAAAUACAGCAACAUGUAUAAUCUACGUAGGCAUAUCAAGAAGGUGCACCACAAGGUUCCCAGAAUAUACAUUCCUGAUGAUGGAAAUACAACUGAUGAAGAAUUGGAAAAGCAACAGCAGAAUGAGUCAUCAAGAAAGAAAGGGGGAAAGUCCGAGUGUAACAAAGAGAGUUCUGUGAGCAGCAAGUGCACAGUUCACUUUGCAAGGUGUCACAAGAAACACCAAUCAGAAUUUCCACAUGGAAUACCACUUGUAGACUCUGAAAGUGAGGACUCAAUGACUGAAACUGAUGAUGAGCAUAUAGUGGAAAGAGUUCAUUGUCCUUCUUGCUCGGGAUCUUACAAGAACAGGAAGAGUUGGUUAACACACUGGAAUAAGCAGCAUGUCAUUAAACAGUCUGUUGAAGAUGCAACAUUGUGUGAGAAAACUGGAUUUAACCUUACUGUUGAUGAUGAAACAACAGAUGAGGAGGAAGACGAGAGCUGUGAUGUUGAAGUUGACCAGACCUGCACAGUGUGUCUCAAUUCCACCUCAUUCAACUGCAGAUUUUGUGAUAAGCCACUCGGUAACUUUUGGACAAUGAGGAGGCAUUAUAUUGACUUUCACAAGCAUGAAUUGCAAAGCCUUGCUUCUAAUCCAGUUGCUGGUAGUGGAGACUGUGCCAAAUGUAUGCAUUGUGAGAGACCAUGUGGUUCAGGAAGUUCCAGCAUACAAAAAGAAGUACUUGAGAAAAGAGAAGCCAAAAUGUUAGGGAAAAUGCAGCUUCCAGCCAAAUCUCCCCUCAUUGUGAAUUGUGAAACGGAUACUAGUAUAUGGGCGAUAUGUAAUUGUGGUCUUCUUUUUCGAAGUGAAAGAAAUAUUAAAAAGCAUUUGGAAAAAUAUAAAGAAGAUCAUUUUGAUACAACGUACAGCACUGUUAGUGUGGAUGAAGCAAGAAAGAUGACAACAAGUGAAUGUCCAUAUUGUAGAAGUGUGUUCAGAGGAUCCACUCAUAAUAAAGGAUUGCGAAGGCACUUGAAAGAAGUUCACUAUGAAAGGAAUAACAAGGUUGCAAAUAACAAAAAAUCCUUCUGUUCAAUUGGGGGCUCACUCACAGACUCUGAAUAUAGUGCUGAAAAGCAAAAUAGAAAACAAAAACGCAAGUCUGACCCUGGUGGAAGCUACUCAGCGAAGUCUUCUUCAGUUGAAAGUUAUCAGUCACAUUUAGCUUAUCUAGACCUACAUACCACAAAUCAAAUUUCAAAAAAUACUACUGUCUCUGAUGAAAAUAUUGUAACUGAGGUUUUGACAAAUUCGGCUGGAAAAAAGGGACCAAUUCGUCUGUUAGACGCAGCAAGUCCCAAGAAGACCAUCCAGCACUUUAAAAACUUCAGUAUAACUGUUAAUGCAGAUACAAGUAACGAUGUGCGAGUAGUGUCCAAGACAACAGAAAAUAAAGUCAAGAAGUAUAGUAGUACUAGAACAUCUCUGAACACAGCUUUUGUUACUGAUGACCAAAUGAAAGACAAAACAGAUCAUGCUGGGCCAUCAUCAAAAGAUGAGAAUAGAGAUGUUUGGCCUGCAAUUGUUAGUACCAACAGCAGAGACCCUAUUGGGCCAUCAGUAACUAAGUGCGAUAAAGACAAGGUGAAAGCAGUCAGUGUUGGAAUAGAUGAUGAUACCAGUAGUGAGGGAGAGAAAUCUCCACCACAAAAUAGAGCUGCAGAACAAGUUACUUUUAAUGUUCCAAAUUACCUUAGCAAUUCACCUUCCAAAUAUUCUCCAUUUGUCAAGCUGAUCAAGGUUGAUGAAUCAGACACAAAGGAACCGCAAAGACAGUUGACCAAAUAUGCUUCAAGUAAAUAUAGUUCAAAGAGUCUUUUUGGCAAAGGGAGAUCUUUCAAGUCCAAAAAUGUAAGGUUUGGAUCACAGAAUGGACAAGAGGAGCAGAUUCUAGCCAGCUCCUCUGUGUUGUCUCAGACAAUCCUCUCUGGUCAGCAUGUAUCAGCAUUACAGCCUUCACUUGGUGAUCAACAUACUACAGUCUCCGAAUCAUCCUCUAGUCAAAGCAGCUCAAAAUCCUUGUUACCCACAACAGAGAGUCAUAAAAAUACAAAGACUGGUACUGUUGCAGAACCAGUAAAUAAUAUUGAAAGUACUCCAACAUCAUCAAAAUCAUCUAACAGUGAUGAAUUUCCAGAGGAAUUAUCAAAUACCGAUGAGAAUUCUCAGUGUUUGUCAAAAAGUGAUGAAAAUUUUAAGAAAUCAUCGGCUGUAGAUGAAGAAAAGACCAGUCCCAAAAAAUCAUCAUCAAAGUCAAAGCAACAAAGUCCAAAGAAAACAAGUCCAAGAAAACGUCCUUUCCUUCUGAGAAAAUUGUUAACAGAAAAUCUUUCUGAAAAACAACCAAAUAAAGAUUCUUCAUCACAAAGAGCAAUUUUAAGUGCAAAGCAAAUUUUAAGGUCAGGCAAAGCUGUGAAAAAAGCUGUUGCACAAGGAGGAAUAUCGAGGAACAAAAAAACCACUUCUCAGCCUUACUUAAAGAGAAACACUGCAGUAUCCAAAAUUCGGGCAAUCAAAGUCAAGUUAUCUCUAAGGAAGAGAAAACCUAGUGCAGAAACAGAAAGAAAGAGUGCCAGACUAAAAAACAAAGAUGAUGAUCAGGAGUUAAAAGAUCUAGAUGCUAACAAUGAAGUUGUUGAGGAAAAUGAUUCUUGCAUUGAGUGUGAGUUAGAAGAGGGUGGAACAUUAAAGAUAAAAACUCCAAAACAGAAAGAAGGGAAAAAUAAAAAAGAAUUGGGUCCAAAUGGGAAGACAGCCAAAAUAAGUAAGAAACAAGAAGAAGCACAAGAGAUUGUGUCUAAUAUGAAUAAAGACCUUGAGGAAAGAAGCUAUUUCGUUCAACAUGAGACUGAAGAGGAACGGGAAUUAAAGAUCGAGAACUUGAAACAGAAAAAAAGUCUGCUUUUGCAUCAGUUAGAUGAAAUGACUCAUGCUCCUUUGCAACCUCAGACUAAAAAAGUUCAAGCAAAAGAUCAAGCUGAAGUUCAAGCCGAAGUUCAAGCUGAAGUUCAAGCAGAAAUGGCACAGUCCUCCUCAACAAAUACAAAGAGAAAGAAGUCUAAAUUAAAGACUUUAAAGAGCAGAUCAAGAUUGAAGAAAGUUAAAACAAGAACAGUUUCUAGGGAAGAGGUGCCAAUCACCCCAGAAAGGAACAUUGAAGAUUCCAUACAUUUUCCACAACAGUUUGGACCUGCUACCGUUCCUAAGGAGAGAAAAGGUGGACUGAGAUCUUCCAGUAGAUUAAAACCUCCAAAGACAAUAUCACCUGACUUGGAUGUGGAGACUCCAUCCACUACCGCAGGAAUAGUGGAGAGGGAAACAUCCACAACAGUAGUUAUGGAGACAGCAGCUUCUGCCACAGGAGUUGUGGAGAAAGAGUCCACUACCAUAGAAGUUGUGGAGAUAGAAGCCACCACAACAGGAGUUUUGGAGACAGAGUCAAUUACCACAGGAGUUGUGGAAGCAGAGUCAACUUCCACAGGACAUGUGGAAACUGAAUUCACUUCUGUAGGUCACACAAGUGGAGAGAUCAGUGACAAUGAGCAUAUGGAAGCAGAAUCAGGAAAAAAUAAUUUACCUAGCAUACGAACAAGGAGUUGGAGUCCAUCUAAAACUAGAACUGCAGCAGCACAAGAUCAGUUGCUUUUAAAUGAAGAUUUAGUGGCAAAGAAAUCUAAAAAGCCAAGUGAAGGAUCAAAGAAGAAAGCAAAAUUACCAAAUGUUUCUUCUGAGCGAGAUGUAACAUGCUCUCAAAAAGAUUUGGAAGGAAAACUAAAGAUUGAGAAUAGGAUGGUAGGUUCAAAGAUGCCAAUCAUCAAGUUAAAUAAAUUGGAAGAUGAAGUGGAUGGAAAAUACCUGAAGCUUCUAUGGGAUACCAUUGGAGAACCUCUACCACAGCCUGCAGAAAAUGUAUACUCUGAAAGGUCAGAAAAAAUGAAAAAAUCAAGACCCAUUGCAUCCAGAAGGAGAUCUCGCUCAGCAGAUUCUGUAUUAGCAUGUAAUAAAGAAGAUAACAGAACACCUGUAAAAAUAAGUAAAGAUGGAACCGAGGAACCCUUUAAAACCACAGAAGAUCAUGACAGAGAUGGGUUGUUCAAAUGUCUUGGUUUGAAACAAAAUUUGAAACCAAUGUCAGAAAGUAAAGAGAUUGCUUCCAAGGUUUGUGAGAAUACAGAGAACAGAGUUUCUACUGAAGAGAAGGAGCAAACAAUGGAAGAAGAGGAACCAGGAAGGCAGAAAGAAUCUAGAGAGGUUCAGGAAGAUGCUGAACAGGAUGUAGCUUCAACUGAUCAAGAAGGUGUCAAGAAUAUAGAAGUAUUAGUUCAUCAAGAUAAUGAAAUUAAUGAUACUAUCACUGAAGACAUGGAAAAAUCAGAUGACCAUGAAGUGAAAAGCCUACAGAACCAAGAGGAAGAUUUGCUGACAACUGAGGUGUUCGAGAAUGUAAAAGUGAACAGGGCUGUAGUUGAUAGGACAGAUACUGUUAACAACCAGUCAAGGAUUCUUUUCGUUCAUGAAAACAAAGUUAUUUAUGCUGAUUCAGCCAAUGUUGUUCCAGUGAACAAAGAAAAAUUGAAUAGUUUGAAGGAACAAGUCAGUGAAAAGAGAUCAGAAAAUAAAAAGGCAAAAAAAAGAAAAGCUAUGGAAGAGGACGAGACAGAUGGGAACAUUCUGUCACUGUUUCAGCCCAAGAAAGAUGUGUUUUUACCUGAAACCCUGAGUGUUUGUAAUGACUUAGUUCCAAAGAAUACAUCUGUAAAACCUUUAAAAGCAUUGGAAGUUAGAGCAGUCAGCAGUGAUGAAAUUGUGUGUUCCACAAUUGUAGAAGGAAGUUUUGGUAAGCAGGACCUUCUGGCAAGUAUGAUAACCUUGAUGGAAUGUGCAGAAGAUCCUGAUAAAGAGGCACCAAGUAUACAGGUCACUGAGCCCAGUUUCCUCAUCAAGAAGGAGGAGAAAACCAAAUAUCCUUGCCAUAAAUGUGAUAUCAACUUCCACAUGAAGUCUAGCUUGAAACACCAUAAGGCUACAUGUCAUCCAGAAGAUGAAUUCAGAAGUUUUGAUAUUGACAGAAAGUGUAAAGAAGUGGAUAGCAUUCCACAAGAAGAGGAGGUAGUGGCAAAAGAGGUGGACAUCUUUGAUGGCCAAAACAUAGAACAAGAGGUGAACAUCUCUGAUGGCCUGUCGGCAAGUAAUGACAAGGACACCAUGUAUUCUCUUCCUUUGUCUAUUAUCAGAGAGGGUAUUAGUAAAUUAAUAGGAUAUAACGUUAAUGCCUAUUUAAUUCUUAAGAGGUUGAAACUUGAGGAAACUAUCCAAAUUGAAGACCUGAUUUUGAAAAGGAUUCACAAACAUACCUGGAGAAUACUGAAUAAGAAGCACAUGCCUGAUUCAAGUACUACUAUUAUGGAGAGAAAAGAAAAUUCUCAAAAUCAGAAUAAAGGUCUAGGUGAAAUUACUAGGGAAAGUGCAGUAGCUUCUGAAGAAGAUGGAAAAAAUACUCCGUGUGCAACUACGGAAGGAUGUGUGGAGAAUACAGGUCCUAUCUCUGAACAGGUUCCACCCAGGGAGAAUGUUUUGGCAAUCCAUCAAAAAGAGACUUCAUCAAGUACAGCUGAACUUAAGAAGUCAAGAGGAGAACACCAUGAAAUACUGAAAGAUAAUGCAAAGUCAUCUAAAUCAAAAAGGAUAAAGAAGGGACAUGUCAUUAUAAAUAAAGAUACUCAAGCUAAGCUGAAGAAGAAGCUGAAACCUAAUGUAGCUGCAGCACCUUUAACAGAUUUCGAGAGAGCCAUUCUUGAACCUAAGAAGAAGCAUAAAAAGUUGAAACGUAAGCAUAGUGCAGCAGAGAGUGAAAAGGAGCUUGGCAGAGUUGAUGGUGAAGAAGUCAGUAAAUCUCAACACUCAAAAGUCACUGAUACACAUCAGAAAAAAAAGAGAGAUCAAGAGGACAAAGAAAAGUCUAGAGAAAUAGGAGCAGUGGUGCCUAAAUCAAAAAUUGUCCAAAAGAUUCUAAGAGAUAAAGCUAGGGAAGAGGAACUGGAAAACCUGAAGUUGGUUCCAACAGUAGAGGAACCGUUGCCUUCAUUUGCAGAAAUCUUGCAACAAAAGCCCAAGCCUGUGGUAGUAAAGACUCCAAAUGAGAAAAAUGGCCAGCAAAAGGAACAGUCUAGAGGUGAAAAUGAAGAGUUGGUUAUAAACGAAGAUGACCUAGAAACUGGAAAUGAGAGUCCUGAGGAAGGAAUUGAAUCGCCAAAGGAUUUUAGUUCCAACUCCAGUUCCAGUACUGGGAGCAAAAUACCACCUUACAAGUCUGGCUCUCUAUCCAAAGUGGCUAAAGACAAAACAGAAAGAGAGGAAGUGUCAGCAGCUAUACAAGGGAGAUCAAUAGUGCACUCUUCAAAGCCAUUCAGAAUUCCUAAAACCACAGCUGCUGAAGUAGAUACUUCUAUGAAAUGGAAGUCACCUUUACAAGACAUUGGACAUGUAGAAAAAUUCUGUUUUGGGGCCAAACAAGAUGGAUCCAUGAGUAAGGUAAAAUCUAGGGUUGGAUAUUCGAUGGGCAUGACUGGUAGUAGCCAUAUUUCCAUGCCAUCAUCAAAGAAGGAGGGUUUGGGAAACCAGUUUGUAGAGGAAAUAUACAAUGCUAUUAUGUCAUCAAGUAUAAAAAAUCCUCCAGUAGUAGAGAAAAGUUCUGGAGUGCUGUCUCUUCCAUUGAAGAACUACAGAUCAGAAGAACCAUCCACUUCCACUGGCAUCAAGCGUGCAGCAGACUUUGGUGAAGAUCCUGUUUUCAAGAGACCAAGAGUGGAGUUGAGCAGUGUGAGAGAAGAAGACAUAAUGACUCCUGAUAGCACCACACCUGACAGGUAUCUUGAAGAGGUGCAAGCCAGGUCUGAAACAGGCACUUCACCAACUGAGGAAGCAGUGGCAAGUGAAAUGGAUACAGAUGAUCAAAAUCCACCUGUUGUAUCAUCCAAUGUGAGCAGUACAGGGGAAUCAGAUGCAUGGAAUGAAAAUGAAGUAUCUGAUCAAGGUGAAAAAGUUGGUCUGGAAAAGAGAGGCAUUCCAAAAUUCACUAGCACUCCUUUGAAGCCAAGCAUUCCACUCUCAACUAAAAUACAGUCUCACAUUCCAGAUAAUGUUAAAACUUUUUCCAGUGAAAUUAUGUGUUCCAAACCAGAAUUACAAAAAGACCCUCAAAGGAAAGUUGAAAUAAGUGAUAACAGAACAAAAGAUAAGGAUGCAGAUGGUAAGACCAAGAAUAAUGAAGAAGACUCUGUAGAAGUAGUGGAAAGCGAGCACCCGGAUGAUCACAUGGAUGUAGAUAGUGUUACUGAGGAAGAAAAAGGGAGGCACUCUGACGAUAACGCUAAGAAUGCUGUGGCAUUGGGUAAUGAUAAAGAUGAGGACAUGAUAGUGAUUGAAGAUUGGAAUCAAGUAAAUGAGGGGGAGGAGGAUCAAUCUGAGGAUGAGGAAGAUGACAUGGAGGAAGAAAAGAGUGAGAAUUCUGAUAGCGAGGAUACUGAAAGCUCUGAGGAGUCCGACCAAGAAUCUGAAAAUGAAGAGGACUCCGGAAGAAACAAAAACAAGCAAAGAACAAUAGAUACAGAUGUGGAUGUCCUGAACGUUUUGGCCUCAGAUGAGGAGUCGUGGUUAGAUGAGGAAGAAGAGGAGAGUAGAAGUAGGAAAGAUGAGGGAAAAGAAGAAGACAUCUGGGAAGAUAAACCUGAGGAGGAAGAUGGAAGCAUGGAGGAAGGUGAAGACAAAGAGGAGGAAUAUGGAGAGAAAGAAGAAGAUGCCAGUGAAAAGGAAGAGGAGAUGGAGGAGGGGGAAGAGGAAUUGCCUGCUACUCAGACACAUAAAGAUGAAAGAAGUGAAACAGGGAAUGUAAUUGUCACAGAGAGCACAGUGGAAUGUGAAGACAUUGACUUCCGACGGAACAAGACAAUGGCUGACCUUAUCCCUAAGGGAUUCUGUUUCCAGUUCAUACAGAACAAUGUUUGCAAGAAGCCCAAAUGUAUAUUCAGGCAUGAAGUGCCAUCUAAGGAUGAGCUGUUUAAAAAUGGUAUCCAGGAAAUUGCUCGUCAGAGUAACCUGGGUGAUAAGGAAAGAGCCUAUGGUAUCUACAAGACAUUGCUGGACCUGAAGUUACAAGACCUGAUUCCAACCAAACACAUCAUCAUGUUACUGAAUUUAGCUGAGGAGGACUGUGAUAUGAACAUGGCAUUGGACCUUCUCAGACAUGUUGAAAAGAUCAAAUCCAUCGAGUUUCAUGAAAUGCUCAUCUCAAUGUGCAGUCUCUCUCCAGGACAUUAUGAAAAGGAAAUCUGGAAAUUGUUUUCCUGUGUACAAAAUUUGGACAAAUACUUAGCUGGUCAGAAUAUUGUGGUGCUCCUCAGAGCAUUUCAAGAGAAGCAGCAAUGGCUGAAGUUAUGGAAAGUAAUGAACUACAGCCUUUGUCGUCCGGGCUUUUCUCCUCCGGUGUACAUCACUCGGUCAGCUCUUGGUGCAGUUAUAGAAACCCCAGAAACGUGCGUCCCAGAGGCAUCUGAGUGGAUCGAGAACUGUGAUCAGGAACAGUUGUAUAACCAGGACACAGAGUUGCUGGGUAAAGUGGCUGAUUUUUUCAUUCAGCAUCAUCAUCUGAAAGCAGCAAGCAUUGUACGAACUAUAGCUCAGAAAACACAGUCAGCUACCAUAGAGAGCCAUACCGGGGAACGAGAUUCUGACACCUCUAGUGUUCAUUCAGACGCCAGAAGUCCCAUUCCAGAAGACAGCAACUCAGAAGAACAGAAGUGCAAUAUGAAUAGAGUGAAGGGAGCCAGGCUGGCAAGGAAUUGGGAAUACCUGGCCCAACUAUUUCUAGAACUGUGUGACAUGGAAAAGGGAAAGGAUCCACGUUUUAUUCAUGCCUUUGUAGAGGCUUUUACAUGGGACAAGAAGAAUCCACAUAUACUUGUGGAUGCCUUUAAGAGCUUUAUGGAAAAUGUCAAUAACAUCUAUAUUAAAGAGAAAACAGAGGAUGCCCUGUACAGUAUAAAUAAACCCGCCCUGGCCAUUAUUGGAGCAGAACUUCUGCAUUUCUGUGCCAUGUCCCAGUGGUGGAGGGAGGGCCUAGCAGUCAUCCAGAUUCUUCAGAAAAACAACAUCCAGUACUUGACCCGGAAAUCUCCUGAAGGUGCACUGAUGUCUACAAUAGCACUUGAUGUUUGUCUGAGGUGUAAAAAACCGUACCAAGCUGUGCAGCUUUUAACAGCAUGUAGCUGGUCCUUUGUUGAUGGCUUAAAGCUAGAAAAACCUGACUUCAAGGAGCGUGUGAUACUGUUGUACAACCUUGUUAAACUAUUCACUGGCAUGAAGAGACCAGCAAUGGCAUUGAUGAUGAUCUGUAAAGUCCUACAAAAAGCUCAGAGAGAUCAGCAAGUUGAGUUUUACAACUCAUUGAUAGGUUUUGGAGAAAAUUUUCAUUUAAUCAUAUCCCAGUGCUUGGACAUUGGUGACCCGCAAAGAGCAUAUGCCGCCUUUGAAGUCUUUAAGAAUGGUUGCACUGGAGAAAGCAUUGACCCCAGUAUGCUGCGGCGGUUAGUGACAGUGUGCGGAGAAUGCCUAUACCUCGAUCCUGGUGCUCACAAUGUUUAUAACUACCUGACCGCACAGAAUGUAUACCCAGCACAAAACAUCCCCACAGAGCCGAGAUCUCUGUGUAUUGAUCUGGCAGAUCACAUGUCUCUAAUGGAGUGCUUAUUGCUGAUAGAAGACUUCAUGCUAUAUUUGUACAGUUUUCUUUGUGAUUGGUGUGUACAUCAUCAGACGUUUGUUGUUCCAGAGGAGUACUUGAAUGUUAGUGUGAGAUUUCUGAACAAGGACCUGCCUCGUGCAAAAACCGAAAAGAGACUAAAAAUGCUGAGAAACUUGUUGGAAACCAACUUGACCCCAGGCCUUAAGGCAUUUGUCCGACGUCGAAGACCAGAUGAAAAUUUAGUGAUGCAGGUGUGCAGUCCAUCUUUGUUCCAGUAUAUACUGGCUUUGGACCAAGGAGAAAGGGGAAAACGCCAAGGAUUUAAAAGAGGACCAGUAGGAGUUCCCAAGUCAAGCCCCUGGAGCAGACAAGACUCUUAUCAAAGUGGCCACUAAUGGAGGAAAAAACAGGAAAUAAUGAGGUUACUAAAGCCUUAUAUCAGAGGUGCUUUUUAAAUUAGCAGUUAUGACAAUGCUUUAGGAUUGUAAAAUUUGAGCAGCAGCAGAUUUUUAAGUUUUCACCAUGGCUAUUAGUGAUCCCAAAACCUGGCAUGUAUAUGUCAUCACCAGAACUCAUUGAAAAAGAAAAUAUAAACUUGAUCAAAUUUUAGAAAGGCUGUUGAUCAGUUGAAUUGAUAUGCUCGAUGCAGCUCAACUCCCAUUAACUGGAAGGAAGUACUGAUUACUUUAGUAGAAAGCAGCUUCAUAUAAAAAUAUCCUUCCAGUAAUUUGCUCUUGCCAAACUAUAUGUCACGAUAUGUUAAGGAUGUAUGGAAUUUGCCAGGAACUUUCAUUUAGUGUGUAUAUUUGAUAUUGACAAAUUUGAUUUUAAUUAUUCAGUGUAUAAAGGACAAAAGAUGAAAAAUGGAUGAAAGCAAUGUAGGGACAUGCCUUGUUUGUACAGAUUAAUAGUAGUGUACUAGUUUUUAGAGUAAUAUUGAAUCUGUGGCUGUAAAAAGUUCAUUACAUAGUCCUCACUGUUCUCAGUAUUUGAUGCUUUUGCAUUCUUGUGCUAAGUAUAAAUUGAAGCAAUUGUGUUGUGAAGUGUUCAUCAAGAACAUGGUCAGCAUGGAAGUGUUGACAAAUAUUGUGUUCAUCAAGAAACUGCAUUUUCAAUCAAUAUUGUUUUAUAAAAGGGCAUUUAUGACUUAAUUUUUGUAAGGUGCUGAAAAAGUAAAAUGUGUUCAUUGUACAUACAUGUACUUAAUACUUUUAUUUUCAAAAUGUUAUAUAACAAAGACUCGUGUUCACCAUUGUUGUUUCAUUUUUUGUACAUUGUCAUUUUUAAAGUUUUGAAUUUAAGUUUAUUACAGGAUAAUCAAAAUAGCCUCAUAACAAAUACUAUUAGGAUGUAUGAUUUCCAUUCAGCUGUUCAUUUAAGAGUGUAGUUUAACGAAGCACUUAAUUCUGUGAUAACAACCUUGAUGCACAUUUGCUUAUCUAAAGCAAUCCCCUUAAAACACUUUGAUAUUCAACACAGUGUUCUAUAAAACUAGUCAUUGUUAUUUUGUAAAAGUACAAAUUUUAUUAUUGUUCAGUUUACAAAGAGCAUCAAGAAGUGUUGUUUUGAAUCAUUUCUUUGUAACUGCAUACAGGAUGUAUGAAAUUAUCAUGGAUAUACAACAAUAAAAUAAGCUGAAAUUUGUCUUUUUGAUAUAA